AUGCCACCUCGACGCGCCUCCAAGGAUGCCACUGCCUCUCAGCAACCUCCAACAACGAACCCAUACAACCUUCGAUCGCUUCAUAUUCCACGUUCUAUUCGACCGGGGGAGAGUUUUGAUGAAAGGCACUAUAAAACUCGUCAAGACGCUGCGAAGAAAGCAAAUAGUCAUCCCAAGCGGCCAGCACCUUCAGGAAGGAAACCUACUACGUGGUCUCCUUCCAAAACGCCUUCUGCAAAGCGAGUACGGUUCGAUAUAACGUCUUCGAGAGACGCUCCAGACAGUUCAGUGGAAACUACACCUCUCCGCGCACAGUCUAAUGCACCAAGGGAUGAGUCUAUUAUUGCAUCCCUGGAAGCAGAUACUAAUGAGGAAACCGAUGACAACGAAGAUAGCGUUAGUGAGGAUGAUGAUCUUCCCGCGGUGGUUCCAGGUAGACCUCCAGGUUGGAAUAUGGCCGAUUAUUUGAAUGGUGAAUAUGACGAAGAGAAUCGCUUGCUGCGUGAUACGCCAUUAAGCGAGUCAACACCAUUCAAUUCGCUAGAUAUCGAGAUAGCAGCGACAAACCUUUAUAACGCGAAGGAGGAUUUCAAAAAACUCAGCGCUAAACGACGUAUCAAGGUCGCCGAGCACGCUCUUCGUGAGGCCCGGGAGGAUAUUAGUAUUGUCAACACGUCUGAUAUCCAGAACGAAUUUAAUCAUGAAAUUGGCCAGCGUGAUUAUUCGAUUGGCAUUGAUCUGAGAGUCCAUAUUAAUAAGCGAAAAAUCAUCAGUCAAACACUCCAUGAUAUGACUCGACGUUCAUUUGAUCUUGGUGUAGUAGAAGAUUAG